AUGGGCGAUUUCAAUCCAUACGUAAACAAUGGAGGGACGGUGAUAGCUGCGGCUAAAGAUGAUUUUGCUGUACUCGUUGCAGAUACACGUCUUUCUGUCGGUUAUUCAAUACACUCGAGAAGAGUGUCGAAGGUUACCAGAUUAACCGAUCGUAUCAUAAUUGGCACUGCUGGAAUGAAUGCAGAUACUAUAGCAUUACACAAACAGUUAGAAGCACAAGUGACUAUAUAUCAAAAUAAACAUCAUGAAAAUCCGGAUAUACAUUGUAUUUCUCAGCUAUUAUCGGUUAUUUUAUAUGGCAAACGAUUCUUUCCAUAUUACACAUUCAAUCUUCUAGUGGGUAUUGAUAUGAAGGGUCAAGCUUAUGUGUUUACGUAUGAUGCCAUAGGGAAUUUUGAAUCUACUGCAUAUUCAGCUCAUGGAACUGGCUCCAAUCUCAUUACAAGUAUUUUAGAUUCAAAGAUUGGAUGCAAUAACCAAAAACAGGGAACCCCACCUAAUACAUUGGAGGAUUACGUAAACUUGCUAAAAGAUGCCAUUUCAAGUGCAGCUGAAAGGGACAUAUAUACUGGUGAUUCUGCUGAAAUAUUUAUACUAAAUCCAAAUGUAUCCCAACCAAUCCUAUUCCCCUUAAGGGGCGAUUAG